GAACAUAAGAUCAGUCUGAAGGAGAGAUGUGAAUGUGUGACUGAAGGAACUGAUGAAACAGGAAGUGGAACCCUCCUCAACAGGAUCUACACUGAGCUCUACAUCACAGAGGGACAGAGUGAAGAGGUUAAUACCCAACAUGAGGUGAGGCAGCUUGAGACAGCUUCCAAGAAGAGGACCCUCCAUGACGCUCCAAUCAAGUGCCACGACAUCUUUAAAGCCUUACCUGACCAACAGGGACACAUCAGAGUCGUUCUGACGAACGGUGUCGCUGGCGUUGGAAAAACCUUCUCAGUGCAGAAGUUCACUCUGGACUGGGCAGAGGGCUUGGAAAACCAAGAUGUCAGUCUGGUGGUUCUGCUUUCGUUCAGGGAGCUGAACUUGAUUAGAGAUGAGCAGUACAGUCUUCUCAUGCUGCUCCAUGUUUUCCAUCCAACAUUACAGAAGGUCACAGCAGAGAAGCUCGCUGACUGUAAAGUUCUGUUCAUCUUUGACGGCCUGGAUGAAAGCAGACUUUCACUGGAUUUCAAGAACAACGAGGUUGUGUCUGAUGUCACCCAGAAGUCAUCAGUCAACGUGCUGUUGACAAACCUCAUCCAGGGGAAUCUGCUUCCCUCAGCUCUCGUCUGGAUAACUUCCCGACCUGCAGCGGCCAAUCAGAUCCCUCCUGCAUGUGUUGACAGGGUAACAGAAGUACGAGGCUUCACUGACGCCCAGAAGGAGGAGUACUUCAGGAGGAGAGUCAAUGAUGAAGAGCUGUCCAGCAGAAUCAUCUCACACAUCAAGACAUCCAGGAGCCUCCACGUCAUGUGUCUAAUCCCAGUCUUCUGCUGGAUCACUGCUACAGUUCUGGACCACAUGUUGACUACAGACCAGAGAGGAGAGCUGCCCAAGACCCUGACUGACCUGUACUCACACUUCCUGGUGGUUCAGACAAAGAGGAAGAAGCAGAAGUACGGUGAGGGACAUGAGACGAGUCCACAGGAGCUGACGGAGGCUGACAGGGAAGUUCUUCUGAAGCUGGGGAGGCUGGCGUUUGAACAUCUGGAGAAAGGAAACAUCAUGUUCUACCAAGAAGACCUGGAGCGGUGUGGUCUUGAUGUCACAGAGGCCUCGGUGUACUCAGGAGUUUGUACAGAGAUCUUCAAAAGAGAGUGUGUGAUCUUCCAGAAAACAGUCUACUGCUUUGUUCACCUGAGCGUUCAGGAGUUUCUGGCUGCAGUCUACAUGUUCCACUGUUACACAAACAGGAACACAGAAGUACUGAAGGACUUCCUGGGAGAAGAAUAUGUUCAUUCAACCCUGGAUGACUUCCUGAAGAGAGCCAUGAUGAAAUCCCUUGAAAGUGAAAAUGGCCACAUGGACCUGUUUGUUCGCUUCCUUCAUGGCCUCUCUCUGGAGUCCAACCAGAGACUCUUAGGAGGUCUGCUGGGUCAGACGGACAACAGUCCAGAGAUCAUCCAGAGAAUCAUCAACAACCUGAAGAAGAUGAACAGAGAUAAUAUCUCUCCUGACAGAAGCAUCAACAUCUUCCACUGUCUGACGGAGAUGAACGACCACUCGGUACAUCAGGAGAUCCAAGAGUUCCUGAAGUCAGAGAACAGAUCAGAGAAGAACCUCUCAGAGUUCCACUGCUCAGCUCUGGCCUACAUGCUGCAGAUGUCAGAGGAGGUUCUGGAUGAGUUGGACCUGAUGAAGUACAACACAUCAGAACAGGGACGACUGAGACUGAUUCCAGCUGUGAGGAACUGCAGAAAAGCUCUACUUACAGGCUGUGAACUCUCAGAUACUCACUGUGAAGUUGUGGCCUCAGCUCUGAAGUCCAACCCCUCCCAUCUGAGAGAACUGGACCUGAGUGACAACAACCUGCAGGAUUCAGGAGUGAAGCUGCUUUCUGCUGCACUGGAGAGUCCAAACUGUAGACUGGAGACUCUGAGAUUGAGGGACUGCACGUUGUCAGAGAUCAGCUGUGCUUCUCUGGUCUCAGCUCUGAAGUCAAACCCCUCCCAUCUGAGAGAGCUGGAUCUGAGAGGAAACAACCUGAAGGAUUCAGGAGUGAAGCUUCUGUGUGGUUUUCUGGAGAGUCCACACUGUAGACUGGAGACUCUGAGAUUGUGGAGCUGCAGGUUGUCAGAGAUCAGCUGUGCUUCUCUGGCCUCUUCUCUGAAGUCCAACCCCUCCCAUCUGAGAGAGCUGGAUCUGAGUAACAACAAGCUGCAGGAUUCAGGAGUGAAGCUGCUUUGUGGUUUUCUGGAGAGUCCACACUGUAGACUGGAGACUCUGAGAUUGAGUCAAUGCAGGCUGUCAGAGAUCAGCUGUGCUUCUCUGGCCUCAGCUCUGAUGUCCAACCCCUCCCAUCUGAGAGAGCUGGAUCUGAGUGGAAACAACCUGAAGGAUUCAGGAGUGAAGCUGCUGUCUGAUCUUGUGGAGAGUCCACACUGUAGACUGAAGACUCUGGAAUUGAGGAGCUGCAGUUUGUCAGAGAUCAGCUGUGCUUCUAUGGCCUCAGCUCUGAAGUCCAACCCCUCCCAUCUGAGAGAGCUGGAUCUGAGUGAAAACGAGCUGAAGGAUUCAGGAGUGAAGCUCCUGUGUGGUUUUCUGGAGAGUCCACACUGUAGACUGGAGUCUCUGAGAUUGAGGCGCUGCAGUUUGUCAGAGAUCAGCUGUGCUUCUCUGGCCUCAGCUCUGAAGUCCAAUCCCUCCCAUCUGAGAGAGCUGGAUCUGAGGCUCAACAGCCUGAAGGAAUCAGGAAUGAAGCUACUGUCUGAUCCACACUGUAGACUGAAGACUCUGGAGUAA